AUGGCUAGCGGAGCGAGUAUCUCUGCGGAAGAAACAAAUCUAGAGCAGGACGUGUUCAGUACACCGAAAGAAGAGGAAAAGGAAAGGAAGGGCCUUGCAUGGGGAGAAUGGUCGCACUGCACGAGGAGUUGCGAUGGUGGCAUCUCCAGACAACAAAGGCGUUGUCGAAAAAAACCAUGCAAAGGAAAACCAUGGAGCAUGAAAUACAAGCUUUGUAAUACACAGCCCUGUGAAAAUCCAAGCAAUUAUCGUGCAGAACAGUGUACAACUUUUGACAAUGUGCCAUACGGUAGUCGCCUCUUGAAAUGGUUUCCCUAUUACGAUUCUACGAGACCGUGUUCCUUGAUCUGUCGUGGAGAACAAUCGCUGGACGACAUUUCCGAUAGUAGAAAUCAGAAGUUACUGCAAGGAAGAGUCCUCACAAAUGAGGACGAAUAUAUAACAAGUAUCGACUCUGAAGAAAUUAUAAUUGUACAGCUUGCUGAAAAAGUGAAGGAUGGUACGAGAUGUCGGCCUGAAAGUCUCGACGUCUGCAUUGGUGGAGAGUGCUUGAAAGUGGGAUGUGAUCUUAAAAUAGGAAGCAACAAAAAGACUGACGCGUGUGGUGUUUGUGGUGGGAAUGGCUCAAGCUGUCACGGAAGAUACAGUUGGGUCCUUGAACCGGCUUCGGCCUGUACUGAACUUUGCGGCGGAGGGUAUAAAAUAGCCACAGCAAUAUGCAAAACAGUAGGUCCUGAUGAGACUGUGACUGAUGACUCAAACUGUGAUCAAAACAUUAAACCAGAGAAAGUCUUGGUUCCUUGCAAUACUCAUUCAUGCACAACAAAAUGGAUAGCUAAUGAGUGGAGUAAAUGCAGUGCCACUUGCGGAGGAGGAUCCAGAACGAGAUCUGUCUUUUGCACUGAAGAAAAUGGCAACGAAACUACAAAGCUUCCGGAUUACAAAUGCAGUGCGACACAUAAACCGAGAUACCAAGAGACAUGCAAUGCAUUUUCAUGUCCUAUGUGGGAAACAGGACAAUGGAGCGACUGCUCAGUAUCCUGUGGUACGGGAAUGAGGACGAGAUUAGUCGAAUGUCGGGAUGGGAAUGGAAGGUUUUCAGAAGAUUGUGAUUCUGAAGAAAGACCGCGUGGCGAACAAGAAUGCAAAGCUAGCCGCCUUUGUUCAAGUUAUGAUCAUGAUUUGAACCAACCCUUAAUGCAAGCGUACCCUCCAGCACCAAUUUCAGAGAAAUUGAUUGAUCAGCCAAUCCCUUCUGAAUCAACAUUCAUUGCAGAACAAUGGUCACCAUGUUCCGUGACUUGCGGCGAGGGGAUUCGCCAUAGGGAAGUCCACUGUAAAAUAUUUCUCGAAUUCAGCAAGACAAUUGCCAAAUUACCAGAUCGACAAUGUUCUGGUCCCAAGCCAAUUGACACUGAAAAGUGUAUGAUGGAACCUUGUGGUCUGUUGGAGAACAGUUUGUCCUAUAGGAUUGAUACUGUUGGAGACAGUGGUUAUGCUGAGUCCAGCCUCACCGAUUCUUAUCGAUCCUCCGGUGGCAGUUCCGGACCCGGAAGUUAUGAGGGUAACAUGAAAGUGGCAUCCGGAAGUUCUAUUCUUACCACAUAUUCAUGGCAUGAAGACGGAUUUACUCACUGCAGUGCCACCUGCUUGGGAGGUGUCCAGACUUCAAUUAUACAUUGCAGACGUGAUGAUACAAACAAGGUUGUAACCCCUCUUCUUUGCAGUCCAGAAAUGAAACCUAAAUCGAGGUCAAAGGCUUGUAAUGAUCAUCCCUGUCCUCCCAAGUGGAAUACCACUGAUUUCUCACCAUGUAUGAGUCCUUGUGGCCUUGGGAUACAAACCCGAGACGUCACUUGCAUACAUGAAGUGACACGUGGAACGGGGAAUACUGUGGCUGUACCAAGUCAUAUGUGCCCACAACCACCACCAGUAGACAGAAGAUAUUGCAAUGUGUUUGACUGCCCUGUCAAGUGGCACCUUGGCGAAUGGGGAAAGUGUUCCAAGACUUGCGGAGGUGGUACAAAAACUCGGAAAGUAGCUUGUGAGCAGAUAAGAGCCCAAGGGCGAAAACAGGAGCGGCCAGAAAAUGAAUGUCCUUCCCAUAAACCAACAUCAGAAAAGCCAUGUAAUACUAGAGCUUGCAGCGACAUGGACAUGAGCGAGCAGCCAAUUAUUCUUAGUCAGAACAUUACAUUCAGCCAGGAUGAUCCAAGUGAUAAAGUGGAUCUCAAAAUCGGAGGGACGGCUGUGGUUUUUCAAGGGACGCCUGUGGUCAAGAUUCGCUGCCCCGUUAAAAAGUUUGACAAAAAGCAGAUUAUAUGGACGAAAGACCGUUCCGAAUUACGAAGAUCCCGAAAGCACAAAAUUAGUCAAAAAGGAGCUUUAAGAAUCAUAGAUAUCACGUAUACAGACAAAGGAAUAUAUUCUUGUAUUGCUGGGCAUACUCAGGCAGAAAUGCAUCUGCUCGUAAAAGUAAGACCCAGGGAUCAAAUGAGCAGCGAAGAGGUUCUUCGAUCUGGUAACGCGAUCCAUACUCGUCAAGGGGUGAAUUUAAUUUCUUCCCCUAUCAACUCGGGCGAAAAUGUCAAUUCUGAUGGUGCAGGUUCAGAAACACAAUUUAGAUACGGAAGUGAUGAUCUUAGUCAUGAGGCUCGUCCUGAUGGACAGGGAUUAAAGCCUACAGAAAAAACGCGCAAAAAACCCAAAAGACCAAAAACCACCACGCCACCUAUUCACUUGACAAAACCGGAUCCAGGAUAUGCAGUAACUGCCAUUCAUCAGUUCGAUUCAAUAGAGUCGAACGCUGCAUCCAGCGCCUCGACGCUAGUGCCUCCUCUUAGCCAACUAAUUUCUACUCUAAAGACAUAUUGGCCAUUUAAGGACACCCCAAAAUCGAACACUAAUCAAAGACCUCUGCUUCUGGAAGAUAUAAAUUUCGAAACCAAACUAACCACCCGAGCAAUAUCGAAACUGAAUAAGGAUUUCCGGUAUGACAACCUACAUAAAGAUAAUAGACUUCUACAAAGAAAUACUGUGAUUCCUGAUGAACCUUUCGAACCAGAUGAAGAAAAAAUUUUCAUUGACGAUGACCCUUUCGAUAUGGGUGAAGUUUUGACCACCAUAGAUCACAGAGACUCCAUGAGAAUCAUACCAGAAUUAGCUUUCGAAAAUCAUUUUUCCACUCCUCUAACUGUUUCAAUGAUUAAUCAUGUUGAUCGCUCACCAAGACACAACAAGCAUGAUGAAAGGAUCCAGAACAACUUAAGAAACCAACGUGGAACGAUUUUGGCAAAGGAAAAAAAGGAUUCAGUACUUCGGUCCAGAGAAGAUAAUUUGAAAGAGACUGCUACAGUUGAAGCCUACCAUGAAACUAGAACAAAGACCAGAAACUGGAGUGAUAGAAAGUUCGAGGAUUUUAUUACAACUUUUGCUCCCGGGGAUGAUGAAAGAGUAAAAACUCAAGAGGGUAUUCAAGAAAGUGUUCAAGUAAGCCUUCAGGCAGGACAUGAUCAAAUGAAAACUGCUUCAAGUACUCCUUCUGAAGAAUCCUUGACUGAAGAAAACACGAUACAAACUGAAAAUAUUAGUGAAAAGAGUAACGAAUUUUAUGAGACAGAACUAGAAGUUGAAAAACAUUUUCAUGGUGAAAAGACCUUAAAUGAUAGUUCAUUUUUCGUAAAAAACGAUACCGAGUCAAGUGAUGAGUUAGAAAACAAUAAAGAAAAUUUAAAGGAAGAAAAAGAGUUAGAACUUCUUAGAAGAUCAGGAAGUAAAGAAGAGAAGAAUAAUAAUAUUUCAACAUCUUUUAAGGAUCUUGAGAGGGCUUCCAAAAGUUAUGAAAAUUUGGUUACUUUAUCAACUUCUUUAAAAAAAGAUCCUGCAAAUCAACCAACGAUUGGGCCUGUCGUCGUUUUUAGCAAAGCUAAGGACGACUUAAUAUUUGAGUGGGUCACGACCGAAUGGUCGAGGUGUUCACAAACUUGUGGAGGUGGCGGAUUUCAGAUGCGCGGAGCUCAAUGUACAGUGCGUUCCGUAAAAGCAGCGGCCAAUUCAACUAGAAGUCUUCAACGAACCGUGAUUGGUGCAAAUCUUUGCGAGGACGCAGGAUAUCCGGUUCCUGAAAAGGUCAAACCUUGUGGGACGGGAAGGUGUCCUCAGUGGCAUGCUGACGAAUGGACACCUUGUGAAAGUUCCAGAUGUUUCAAUUGGAGAACAGCUAUGCAAAGGAGAGAUAUUACUUGUCACGUGAUUGAAGAAAUGGAGGAUGGAACUGAAAAUGUGACCAUCGCUGAUUCUAGUAAAUGUGAUGAGGGGGUGAAACCACCCCAACGACAAGAAUGUUACAACGAUGCUUGUAAAGGUGUUUGGAGGGUCGGUGAAUGGUCAGAGUGUACUGCACCAUGCGAGGAAGAUGGAAUUAAAUACAGAAUUCUACAGUGUGUAUGGUUCGGAACAAAGAAACCAGCAGGGAAUGCCUGCAGAGAUCUUUCUCGACCACCCGUUAUGAAAACAUGUAGAGGUCUACCAUGCCCUCGAUCUCCAGAAGACUGUAAGGAUCUAUCUCAACUCUGUAAGAGAGUGAAGAUAAUGAACAUGUGUCAAGUGCCACUAUAUAAGAAGCAAUGCUGCUUGUCCUGCAGCAAAAGCGACAAAAAAGUUUAG